AGCUCUUUUCUCCCCUGUCCUCCGUUUCAUUCUGCGCCUGAAAAACAGCUCACCACAAAACUAAGUUAAAAGGGGCAGAAGAACAUGCAGAAACGGUACCGAGAGCUGCAUCUAGUGCGUUUUCAGUCCAGCCCUUAGAAGAAAGAGGAUUUGGAUUGUUCCAUGAACACUUGCAUUUUUCUGUCACCUCUCUUUUAGGUACCUUCCACGUGGCUUAGCUAUUUGAAUGCUGGUUUUAGUUGCGUCAAUCAGCACAUUUAAAAACCACAGACGCAUUUAAAAAAACACCCAAUGCAGUAGGAGGAAAGAUUAACACAUUAUUGAGCAAUGAGAAAAUACUCACUGAGAGACACCAGCCAUUAACAGAUUAAUGCUCAGAAGACCCCAGAGACCAGUGAGAAAGGUUCUUGACAUCUCCUAGCAGAAAACUAACUUGUACAAGAAAUAUACAAUGCCAAGCAAUGUUUCACAAUGCAAUGUCCAUACAGAAAUGGAACCUUUUACCUAUUUUUACUACUUGAUUUUUCUUAUGGGAUUUAUUGGAAGCUGUUUUGCACUAUGGGCGUUCACACAAAAAGAUCAGAAACAGAAGUGUAUGAGCAUCUACUUAAUUAACCUCCUAACAGCAGACUUUUUGUUGACUUUGGCGUUGCCAGUUAAAAUAAUUGUUGACCUGGGAGUUGCACCCUGGAAACUGAGAAUAUUCCACUGCCAAGUCACAGCCUGUUUCAUCUACCUGAACAUGUAUUUAUCAAUUAUAUUUUUGGGAUUUGUAAGUAUGGAUCGCUGCCUUCAGCUAAAGCACAGCUACAAGAUCUAUCGUAUUCAAGAGCCCGGGUUUGCCAAGAUGCUGUCUGCGGUCGUGUGGACGAUGGUUCUCCUGAUAACGGUGCCCAACAUGGCCAUUCCGAUCAAAGACAUUGAAGAAAGAGCUAACGUGGGAUGCAUUGAUUUCAAAACAAAAUUCGGAAGAGACUGGCAUGUGUUUACAAAUUUCAUUUGUAUGGCAAUAUUCCUCAAUUUUUCAGCUGUGAUACUGGUUUCCAACUUACUUGUUGUUAGGCAGCUGUACCAAAACAAGUACAGCGAGAGCUACGCCAACGUAAGGAAAGCCCUAAUCAACAUACUGCUGGUAACUGCAGGCUACCUGAUGUGUUUUGUGCCCUACCACAUCGUUCGUAUUCCCUACACUCUGAGCCAAAGCGACACGAUAACCAACUGCUACCUGAAACAAACUCUCUUUAAAGCAAAAGAAUCGACCCUGCUGUUCGCAGUAUCGAACCUCUGCUUUGAUCCUAUUCUGUAUUACCAUCUUUCUAAAUCAUUCAGAUUGAAGAUUAGCAAGACUUUCACAGCACCGAAAGGGGCAAAGCUUUUCCCAGGUGAAGAGGCAAAGACUGUCACGGCAGAAGAGGCGCACUGCGGGCCGGACCAGGAGACACAGAAGUACUGACUCUAACCCAAAUCUGAAGUGUGCACGGAUACAUGGUAUUCCCGGCUGUUGUGCAAUUGCGAACAUGGCUAACAAGGUCAACAACGUGACUGUUCAAUCAUAAGCCCCAGCAGAAGGGAAAAACUUGACUAACAGUAAAACUGCUUUAUUACACGUUCAUACGGUAGGUCUGAACGAGCAGAACACUUGAUACUGCCUUUUGGAAACCAGUGAUGACCCACCAGGACAUCAGCAACACGCUCAGAGACACACAAACACACUCUAUAAAUAUUUAUGGAUAAAUACCUGAACUCACCCUUACUACAUAAAAUAUUGCAGACUCCCUGUAUGAAAUGACUUGGUGCAAUCAAGGAAAGAGAUUACUUAAUGGCAGGUUCAUAAGCUGCAGAGCUUUUCACAGAUGCAAUUAACCCAAAAACAUUUUAAAGGGCAUUACUUCUGAAAGUAAUUUUAAGCUGCACUGAUUAAAAAUUAUUGUAUCUGCUUACAUCGCACCUGCAGUUCUCAUAAAUAAAUUUCUCGUUCUUGUCACGUU